AUGGAGGCCCUUAUCAGAGAUGCGCCCAUCGGGCAGUUGAUUCGGUACAUCACGAAGAACCGCGUCUUGCUCUACCCCGAAGAGCGACCAGACUUUCAAUGUCCUACGUGUUACGCAGAUCCGGAAACGGCCGCCAAAGCUCGCCGAGCAGACGCAACAUCAGCAUCGUUCAACGAGGAUUCCACGCCAGCAGCAGAAGUCGAGAAGGAAGAGAUUGAGUCGCCGGAUUCAAUCGAUGCCGCAACGAAACAUUUAGAAGAAGCCGAGCCGGCCUCGUAUCUAACCAGCGUGCGCUCACGAAUGAGCCGGGUGGGAACCAGAGCUACAUUGCAAGAAUCGCAUACUCAAGCCGACCUUCAAACAGCUUUCACCGCGUCGACUCUCAGAAAGGAGCCGACCCGACCGAUCAUUCCUCAGCGAACGAGCGAGGGAGACAUCCUGGUGGACUGGUACACCGAAGGCGACGAAGAGAAUCCGCAGAACUGGUCCUUCGGAAAAAAGCUCCUCGCCAGCUCGAUGAUCUACAUCUAUACUCUAACCGUCUACAUGGGCUCAUCCAUCGUAACUAGCUCAUUCCCUGGCAUAAUGCAGAGAUUUGAUACCGGAUAUAUAGAAACGAGCUUAAAUCUCGCUCUAUACACACUAGCUUACGGCAUUGGCCCACUGAUUUUCUCGCCAUUGAGUGAGAUACCUGCAAUCGGCAGGAACCCGCCUUAUAUCAUCACAAUGGCGAUUUUCGUCGUUCUCUGGAUACCAGCAGCCCUCGCAGACAGCGCUGGUACCCUGUUGGCCAUGCGGUUUUUGCAGGGCUUCUUUGGCAGUCCAUGUCUCGCGACUGGUGGAGCUUCACUGCAAGAUAUGUACAGCUUGAUCAAGCUUCCGUACGUGCUCGCGAUAUGGGCGUUUGCCGCAACGUGUGGCCCAGCUCUGGGUCCUCUCAUCUCCGGGUUUUCGGUGGCAGCAGAGAACUGGCGCUGGUCACUUUGGGAGAUGUUGUGGUUGUCUGGUCCGGUUUUCCUCCUCAUGCUGCUCUUCCUGCCUGAGACCUCAACGGCCAACAUCUUGCUUCGCCGAGCACAACGACUUCGAAAGCUCACCGGCAAUUCUCGACUCAAAAGCCAAUCCGAGAUGGAUCAAGCCAACAUGAAGCCCAAAGACGUCGCAUUCGAAGCAAUCGUUCGACCUGUACAGCUCAUGCUCAUGGAUCCAGCCAUAGGAUUCACGGCGCUGUAUACCGCACUUUGCUACGGGAUCUACUACUCUUUCUUCGAGGCCUUCCCCUUAGUGUACAACGAGAUGUACGGUUUCAAUCUCGGCGAGCUUGGUCUAGCUUUCCUCUCAAUCUUAGCAGGAGUUCUGAUCUCCCUCGCCACAUUAUUCUCCUACUUCCACUGGGUCCAAGAACCAGAGAUCAUGAAAAACGGUCUCGGAGCUCCCGAACGAAGACUCAUUCCAGCUCUCUUCGCCUCAUUCCUAUGCCCCGCAGGACUCUUCAUCUUCGGCUGGACAUCUGACCCCGACAUCCAUUGGAUCGUAAGCAUCAUCGGCAUCGCGAUCUUCACAAUUGGCAUAUUCGUAAUCAUGCAAUGUAUCUUCGUCUACCUGCCUCUCGUCUACCCCCAAUACUCAGCUUCCCUCUUCGCUGGCAACGACUUCGCCCGCUCCACCUUGGCCUUCGCAGCUGUUCUAUUUUCGCGUCCAAUGUACAUCAAUCUAAACAUAGGACCGGGCACAAGCUUGCUUGGCGGCUUGACAGCAGGUUGUAUAGCUGGAGUUUUCGCCCUGUUCUGGUUUGGAGAUCAGUUGAGAGCCCGGUCCAAGUUCUCUGCCAAGUGA